AGCUCAAGCGUAGUGGGUGGAGAAACCUGCGAAUGACACUAGCGGAGGGCUAUAAAUUCCAGGGCUUAAACAACUGGCUGCAAAGAGAAUAGCAGGAUUUCCACAACUCCUCCCCGCGUAGUGGUCAGUGUCAAGUGUCGUCCUAGUAAGUCGCGGACAGACCCGAAUAAGAGUGCGCGGUUGUAGAAUAAGAUAAUCGUUGGUUACAGAGCCUGCACCGAGAACCCGAAGUAUGGUCUCAGAAGUGUACUUUCUGGACCAGAAAUAGCACGCUGCACAGCACUUUGAUGGGCAACUUGCUGAAAGACACUUGACAACCGUAUGGUAGGAUAAGUGUCUAAUGGCGACAGCAAUGCAGUUAUAAUGUGCAAUAGUUAUAUUACCCUUUGAGUCGGUAGUAACUGUCGCAGUUGCUGGUCGCUUGACCCUCUAGCAAGCAGCAGCUCCCAUGAGAUUCUUUCGACUGAGCUUUAAGUGCUUUGUGGAUUGCUUUUGAGCGGUGCGGUACGACUGACUUGUUGUAGGGACCAUACAGCCUGAGAGAACAAACUUUUAGUGUAGCAUCAUUACUAAAAUAAGAACCGGUCUCCUCAGCAGCAUUACUAAAAUAAGAACCGGGCUCCUCAUCAAUUAUAUAGACUGCUUCACUGUGUUUUGUGACCCUUGUGACGUCUGUUGGCCUGGCCCAUAACUGCACCGAGAGGAAUAGAGUAACCCCAGUUAAGGACUGUUGACACCGAUGGCCCCACAGCAACACAGUCCUCACCAGGAUGGGCAGGAAGAGCUGGAGAAGAAGAACCAACUUAUUCCUAAUGGGGAGACCCAUAAUCAACUGGAGAAAACCACUUCCCAAAGGUCCGGGCAAACUGAUCCAUCGGACUUUAACACUAUCCUGGAUAUGAAUCCAGGGACCCAUGCAGCCCCAACAGGGCCUCCGGAGCGGCAGAUGUGGACACGCCAAAUGGACUUCAUUAUGUCGUGCGUUGGAUUUGCCGUGGGUCUGGGCAACGUGUGGCGCUUCCCUUACCUGUGCUACAAAAACGGAGGAGGUGUUUUUCUCAUUCCAUAUAUCCUAAUUGCACUGAUGGGAGGAAUCCCAAUCUUCUUCCUAGAGAUUGCCUUAGGGCAAUUUAUGAAAGCUGGUGGAGUGAAAGCCUGGAAUAUUGCACCCCUCUUCAAAGGUUUGGGAUAUGCAUCCAUGGUGAUUGUCUUCUUCUGUGACACUUACUACAUCAUGAUACUCGCCUGGGCCUUUUUCUACCUCAUUAAGUCAUUCACAUCCCAUCUACCCUGGGCUAGUUGCAGUAACUCAUGGAACACUGUAAACUGUGUCGAGAAGUUUUUCCCUGACAACUGCACCAAUGCCACAAUUGGCAACUUUACAUUUCAGAAUGUAACGUGCCCAGAUAUAAUGAACAGAGAGUCUCCUGUUGUUGAAUUCUGGGAGAGAAGGGUGCUGAGAAUAUCAUCAGGAUUAGAUGUGCCGGGUUCCAUCAACUGGGAUAUUUUAUUGUGUCUCAUAGCAGUCUGGGUGCUGGUAUACUUCUGUGUGUGGAAGGGGGUCAAGUCAACUGGGAAGGUUGUAUAUUUGACUGCUACAUUCCCUUAUGUGGUCCUUAUCAUUUUGCUUGUACGUGGAGCGACUCUGCCAGGUGCAACAAAUGGAAUUUUGUAUUACUUGAAACCUGACUGGUCCAAGCUUGGUUCUGCACAGGUUUGGAUCGAUGCUGGAACACAAAUUUUCUUUUCCUAUGCAAUUGGACUUGGUGCUCUUACAGCAUUAGGCAGCUAUAACCGGUUCAACAAUGAUUGCUACAAGGAUGCCUUUAUCUUAUCACUGAUCAACAGCGGAACAAGCUUCUUUGCUGGCUUUGUUGUAUUUUCUAUUUUGGGUUUCAUGGCUCUAGAACAAGGAGUAGACAUUUCUGAAGUUGCUGAAUCAGGACCAGGUCUGGCAUUCAUUGCUUAUCCAAAGGCUGUGAGUCUUAUGCCAGUAGCGCCACUCUGGUCAGCGCUCUUUUUCAUUAUGCUUUUACUCCUUGGAUUGGGAAGCCAGUUUGUUGGAGUGGAAAGCUUGGUUGCUGGAAUUCUGGAUAUGUUACCUUCCCAAUGUUAUGUGCGUUUCCAGCGAGAGAUUGCAGUAGCCAUCUGCUGCCUAGUGUGCUUUAUCAUUGAUCUCUCCAUGGUGACAGAGGGUGGUAUGUAUGUUUUCCAGCUAUUUGAUUACUAUUCUGCAAGUGGAAUGACUUUGCUGUGGCAAGCCUUCUGGGAGUGCAUUGUUAUAUCCUGGGUAUAUGGUGGAGACAGAUUCAUGGAUGAUAUUGCUCGGAUGAUUGGAUAUCGUCCCUUCCCUUGGAUGAGGUGGUGCUGGGCAGUCGUAACGCCACUUGUUUGUCUGGGUAUAUUCCUGUUCCAGAUGGUGAACUAUAAGCCUCUGACCUACAACAAGGAAUAUGCCUACCCAUGGUGGGGAGAAGCAAUUGGAUGGUGUUUUGCUUUGGCUUCCAUGCUGUGCAUUCCAACUACUUUGGUCUACAAAAUGUUUCGUGCCAAAGGAACUUUGAAGGAGCGCUGGCAGCACCUAACAGAACCAGUGUGGGGAUCACACCACCUGGAAUACAUGGCACCGGAGUUUGAUAUCAAGAGUUUAACCUCUCUCGCAAUAGUUUCUGGAGAUAAAGUUGUUCUUGAGAGUGUGAUGUAAAGUCGCAGCCUACCCUGCUCAAGAACAUGAUGUCAUGUGUUCAGAUUCAUGCACUAAUGUACAUAACCCAAUAGAUCUCUUACAGUCCUUAACAAUACUCUACUGCUGUGUAUGAAAGCCCGAGUCAUAUUUACCUACCUCUGAAAACCUGCUUCUGUGAUUUAACUGGACUAAAGGCAAAUGUGCAAAGUAAAACUGAUAAACGUAUUAGCACACAGACAAAAAAGAAAGAAAGAAGGAUUUCUGCUUACAUUUUCACCAGUCCAAGUUUGUUUUGAAUAGAGAAUGAAAAGCAGACCUAAAAACAGAAUAAACAUUUUUUUUGUUAAUUUCCGGAGACUUCUCCGAACUGUAUAACGUGAUUUUGCUUGAUUUUCUCAGUGUAAAAUUCUCUCAUUCAAAACAGCUGCUUCAUCAUAUCCUAAUUGAGAUUUGAACUCUUGGCCUGCAUUAAAAUGUGACAGAUUAUGGUGUGUGCAUACCUGCUAAAUGAUUUAUCAUCCAUUAAGCAAAUACUUAAAAUACAUAGAAAAUGACAGGUGAAUAUGAAGGAAUUGAGCACUUUUUGAUCAGUCUUUACUGUUGGAUACCCAGAACUGUCAGAAGCAUGCCUUACAGACUUAUCAGGUCGCAUGUGUCACAGUACAACCCUGAUAACUGAUUCCAUUGUAUACAGUGGCACAGAGACAGUCACUAUCAGUGGAACAAUAUAUUUUAAAUUGCGAAAAGGAGGAGCCAAUGGAUAUGGAAAUUUCUGUGACUGAAAGCAUUCGUUUAUGAAAGUGAAGGGAAGGAACAAGAUGCUUGAAGCAAACUAGCAGCACACAUAACACUUUGAUGUAAAUACAUAUUUUAAAAACUAAAUAAUGUGCUGCUAGUGAAUGAAAAUACUCUGGAAUUAGCACUUUUUGGUGCUUCAGCAAUAUUUUUUGCCUGUUUUGCACAUCAGGAUUUGCAAUAAUAAGCUGUAAAUUUGUUAGACUGGAACUGAAACAAUGAACUUUGUAUGAAAAGGUUUGCAGCAAAUAUAAUAAGGAAGCAGUAAGUGUAUAAAGAACAGCAGUGUCUCUAUUGCUGUCCUUGGUAUUUGUUUCUAGUUUUUCAGAGGUGGUUCUAUGCAGUGGUCGACAGUACCAGUUAUAAAAUUAUUGAAAUAAUUGUUUACUCCUUUUAAGAUUAUUUAAACCUUGAACAAAUCAUGUCAUUAAAAUCUGCCUACCUCCCUGUUUUGAUUUCGGAGUACAAAACCCAGGAAGUAGAUGAAACAGGCCCUUGUCUCUGUUACUGUAGGUAUGUAUGUUUUAUCUUUUCAAGAUGAGUGUAGGCGGGGCAGGCAUAAGGCAUGCCAUGAGUUCUUCUACAUUUUCCACCUCUACCAUUUACUUUUGGACAUCUAUAGCUUUUGUAAGUAUGCUUACUUACUUAUCAAGCUGGCUUUGUUAACAGAAAUUGAGACUUCCCAGCAAACAGUACCCCCUCCAGAACACCACCCAGUUCUGAUAUUAUUGCCAUAAUGAGACCAAAAAUGCUUUUAUUUAGUCCUUUAACCAUUGAGUUCAUAAAUAAAUAAAAGUGUUACUGUUUCGUAUGCUUCCAGAUAGAAAUGUGAGAGCAUACACAAAGUAGCCUCAUCUUUGGUUAGUCUGUAUGUGUGAUUUUUGUAAGGUACUUUCAGUUUCUAACACACAAUACUAGAAACUACCUGCAAAUCAAACAGCCCAAUGCUAGUGACAUUUUAAUAGACGAGAUUAAUGGGCCCUGGCCAUAAAUAUAAUGUGGGAAAGAUAACAAACAGAUUCAGGAGCCUGUCACUAUUUCCUUAAUGUAUUACUUCCAUUAGAAGCCACAUUAUAUUUUUGUAGCUCCGGCUUUCAUUGCUUGCUUACAGAUUGCUGUUUAUUCUUUUCUAACCUUCCAUUAGUGAGAGGUAAUGCCUUAUCCAAGUUAGCCAGUUUGUGCUAAAAGUAGACACAUGGUAAAGAAUUUCUACACAGCUUGUUAGCUAUAUUUGAUUCUUAAUCACAUAAGCUCCAGAGGACAUUUAGAGUAGGACUAUUUCUAUACUGCAAGUUAGAAAACAUUACCAGAAUAAAAUGUUUGCAAAUGCAUAUCAUUUUCCAUACUGGUAAAUGAAAAUUUUCAUAGGGGUUUUAUUUUGAUAAUGGUUUAACUGGUCCCAUUGCUGAAACACAGAUGCCAAAAACAUAAAGUGUCACAAUGCUAAAAGCUAAUGCCUAAAACUCACAGAGGCAAAAAAACUAAUCUGUAAGCAUUGUUCUGCAAGGUGGGGUAAGUCCCCCUUUGUCCCUAGUCUGCAGGCAAGCCACCCACACACCUACAACUUAGAUAUAUAUAUAUAUAUAUAUAUAUAUAUAUAUAUAUAUAUAUAUAUAUAUAUAUAUAUCAAUUCUUCCGUUGCCCAAAUAUGAAGAAGGGAGACAUGUCCCAAAACAAAUGGAUCGUUAACACAUACUUAUAAAUUGCUCCAGUUGUGAUUUCCUGUUGAAAACAGUGAUUAGUCUGUUCCUCACAGUCUUGUGUCUUAGCCAUGUGAUACACGAGGAAAAGUCACUCUGUGACCUGUAUUGAAACAGAUUUGGGUGUUGUGUUUAAACCCUAUUUCUUCUUCAGGAAUUGAGCAAAGAUUUGUAAUGUUUUUUUUUUUUUAUUGUCUCUGCAGUAUUAUGACUUCUUUUUGCUGACAUAACGCCUUGACAUAUAACAUGUAAUAUCCAGUUUGAUUGUAAUUUUCAUUUUAAAAAGAGUUUCAGUCUUCACAAAAGAAACUGUGAUUAUGAUAUCACAAAGACUGAAUUGUCAGUUGUAGGACAUUCACCCUGAAUUAUAGUUUGAUUUUAUUGUUUGCUUUUCAGAAGUACAUGUAGCAGUUAGAUGUACAUUUUCUGAGGUGCUUUAGUUAUAUUAUACAGUAUUAAUAUUAAUCUAGUUUAGAGACGUCUAAUAACUAUAUGGGUCUUAAAUUUGGAAAAUUUCUAGGCACAGAAAAAAAUAUUAUUCUAAGUCCUAGUAUACUGAAGAAAAAAAAAGUGUAAGUUGUAAACAAUAGUCUAAUGUGAAAGUCCCAUAGUCCCAUAGUCCUACAAACAACUGACUACUUGUUCCAGCUUUCAAAUAUAGACAUAUGCAUAUCUGAAAAAUAUACUCACUUGCAUUGGCAAGUCCCUAAAGGAAAUAUUGAUGUCAGACUUUUUUGGUUACUUUUUGUUAAAAAGCUUGAAACUUUGUCAUUUGGUUUAAUAGGACUGAGAAUAUUCAUGUUUAUUGGACCAUUUCUCACGAAGCCAGGACAAGCAGCUCAAUUAGAUGUAACCAACUUAGCUCAGUGUUUUUGUAGUUGCAGCUAUAAAUUCAGUAGGUCUAAAACAUGGGAUGAUAUAAGCAGGGGGGUUGUGACCGUGCACUUGAUGCGAGCUGUAAUUAGAAUAAGGACAGUUCGACUGUAAGUAAUUGAUGCUCCAUGGAUACACUUGUAAGCUGUGAGGGUUCCUAUCACAUGGAAUUUUCUACUUUUUACACAGUCUCCUAAAUAAGGAGGACAGGUAACACUGUAGCAGCAUUUCUUAUCUCCAACUGUACUGUGCUACAGACUCUGGAAUAGCUGUGGAUGACAGUAAAAUAGCUGCACAGUUUUGCUACAAGCGUAAUAUCUAUUUUUCAGAAUCAGUAUACUGACCCAAAACAAUAGUAGUAUUAAGAUGUUUAAAAAACUUGUACUAUAAACUGAUUUUAAGCAUUGAAUUUGCCACAUGAGAAUAUAUUUAAUUUUUAUAAUAAAGAUAAACUCUGUACAGUGUACAGAAAAUAAGAUAAUACUGUAUACAAUUUAAUCUAAACGUCAGGUCCUCUUCAGAAUUCUUCAGUUUCUAAUUAUUUAUGUAUAUAGGUGAAGAUCUCUUCAAAUAUCUAUAGCAAUACAUUACAUUUAAUAUACCACUGAGCAGCGUGUGUUUCAUUGAAACCAAAUUAGAGUUGCACUUCUAAAGAAGCAGCAAUGUUCAGUUUCUAACCUGCUAUCCUGUUUCCAUAAUUAAUUCUGCUUAAAAAUGUGUAUAUGUGUAAAUGUUGAAAGUUAGAGUUUACAUGUGAAAAGGCAAUUAAAAAAAGUUAAGUAUUAUUGUAUCUUCUUAUGCUGCAGCUAUAGUAGAAUGUGAUGAAAUCAAGAGAUGCAUAGAAUCACCUAACUUCAAAUAAGGUUUAUAAACACUAAAAGUGCCAUGUUAUACUUACCAAAUAAGUUUUAUACUCCCACUUAGGAUAUCAUAGUAUGUUGUAUGACAGAAAUGACAGUACAAGGUCAUUGAAGCAUCAUGUAGUUUCUGUUGUUGAGUUUUCUUAUCAUUGUCCUUAUCUAGUAACAUUACAGUUGCAUUACCUGUUGCUUUUUCAGUGCUAUUUGUGACAAGUUACACCUUAAAAAUGCACUGCGUAUGUCAUUACCUUUUAAAGUCUUUAUCACCCUUAGUGCAUAGAGGUUGUAUUUCUGACUAUCACACAUAUGAGGGAAAUCUAACUUUCCAGAUAAAUUUUUACAAAGUCUGUACUUAGGCUGUCAACUGAAAUUUCGAAAAUUGUAAUAGAAGGCUCUCAAAUGAAACAGAGAAAAACAAAUGUAAACAUCACUUUUGCCUUUUAAAAUUAUUUUCUUUUUUUUGGGGGGGGCGGCUCCCAACACAUCCUGAACUUACAUAUCAACUCAGAAAAAAAGAAAUAUUCCAAUGAAGAGAAAUAUCUGACUUAAUGUAUUUAAGUCUACAGUUUCAGCCAAUCAGACUCACACUAACUAUUAUCAGAAUUUCAAAAGAUUACAGUGUGGUUAUCACCAUGCUUUAGUGUUUGACUUCUAUCCAGUUGAAGUAUAUUUAGUGUCUGAAUUCUAUACAUUUGAAAUAUUUGCAUGAUUUUAUCUUUUUAUCUUUAUUUUCCCCAUCUAACAGUGCUGCUUCAUUUGAGCUGUGGCUAUGAAAGCUGUUGGUAUUCUCUGGGAAAAAAGUCUAUGGCUUACUCUUUUUGAUAUUAAACAAUCUUCUGCAUAGCCAAAAGUGCCUUAACUUCCUUUCUUGGGGCAGAAAUGGAGUUUUUGAUCAAAAUGCUUGCAAUCCUUCAUUGCAGAAAAUUUUUAUAUUUUUCUUGUUCUUCAUGGCAACUUCAUUUAUCAAAUAGUAUUUGCCCUUAAAGGAUAGUAUGACUCCGAAACAUGGGCAGUAUGAUUUGCACAUCCCUUUUUUAAUCAAUGUUCAUGUUGUUUAUAAGUUUUAGUAAAGUAUAUACGGUUAACAGUGUGGUUUGAUUUUUUUAAUCUGAAAUUGUAAUAUAUAUAUUGAUAACAAUGUACUGUGAAGUCUGAAAACAAAAGCAGUUUAUGUCAUUUUGUUAUUCGGAUAAAUUUAUGAACAUGUUAUCGCUGUACAGGUUUAGGACAAAAAUUUGUUGAAGCCUUAAUUCUAAACUGUGUAGUUUCUUAAUUUGUAUAGUUGCCUUUCAGAGUUGCCAGGGAAUACAUCACUAUGUGUUGAUACUUGGAAAAAUAUGAAAAUGAAAAAUACAAAUAUGAAUAUAAUGACUGAA